AUGGCGUCCCGAACGAGAUCGCUCUCUCGCGACCGCUACCGCGACCGUUCUCGAUCAUUGACGCCGCUGUCAGAUCGGUCUCGCUCCCCAGUUGUUGUCGAGCGAUUGACCAAGAACAUCAAUGAAGCUCAUUUGGAAGAGAUCUUUGGCCAAUUUGGACACAUCAAGGAUCUUGACCUGCCCAUUAAUAGAACACACGGCACCAACCGCGGCACUGCUUACAUCCUUUACGAUACCGAGGCCGAUGCUGAGGAUGCUAUCGCACACAUGCAUGAGGCACAGCUUGAUGGCGCAGUGAUCAACGUCUCCAUCGUUCUUCCCCGGCGCAAGAUGUCCCCAGCACCUCCUGCUGCUCGACGUGGCGGAGGCUCCGAUGCCAGAGGCGGUCGAGGGGGAAGAGCCCAGGGCGGAUUCCACGGCGGCGGUGGAGGCGGACCCGGUCCAUUCGGUCAGAACGGUCCCCGACGGGGUGCAUCGCCAUCUCAGGCUCGCUUCGGCCCCAGAUCAGACACCUACCGGCCUCGUUCGCUCUCGCGCUCCCCAAGCCGAUCUCCCAUCGCUGCUCCUCCGUCCAGAGGCGGCGGUGGAAGCAGAUACCGAAGCCGUUCGAGAUCAUACUCUCGGUCCCCAUCACCACCCCCGAGACGUGGAGGAGGUGGCCGCGGUAACGACCGCAACCGUCGGAGAAGAAGCCCGAGUCGAGAUAGUUACGAUAGCUACGACAGUCGUCGAUCCCGGUCCCCGAGCCGUAGUCGUGACCGUGGCGGUCGCGGCGGCGGCGGUGGUGGUGGCCGUGGCCGUGGACAUAGAUGA